UGGCGUUAGCGCUAACGCAUCACAUAUGACUCCCAUCCACCCAACUAGGCAUCUCUGCAAUGUAAUGUAUAAAUAUGGAUGCUGGAUAAAAUGGUCACCAUUCGAGAAGUGAGCUCAGAUCAGUAAACUUCUGUAAAUCACAGCGUGGAAAUGAAAUUAAUUUUGCUAUCAGUAGCGGCUUUCGUCGCUGUGUAUGCUGAUGUCUCACAUUUAGAUCAAACUCUUCAAGCGGAUGGAUACCAUUAUAAUCAGCCUUCCGUGCCAUUUCCCGAAAUAAAUGAAAUUGAUGAUGGUGGAACGCCAGAAAAAAAGCCUUUUUUCGGAGGUAAACCACAAGGACCGGGACCACAAGAUCCUGGUUUUAAACCAGGCACGCAAGGUCCUGGACAACAAGGCCCUGGAUUUGGACAUAGGCCACAAGCUCCAAGUUUUGGCCCAGGACCGCAAGGACCCAGCUCACAAACCCCAGGAUUUAAACCAGACAGUGAAAGUCCAGAAGAACAAGGCCCAGGGUUCGGUCCAGGUCCAUCCGGACCGGGCCCGCAGAGCCCUGGAUUUGGCCAACGACCAGAGAAACCUAGCCCUCAAGGUCCAGGAUUCAAACCAGAUAUAGGGGAACCAGCACCCAAAGCACCAGGAUCACAAAGGCCCGGUUUCGGACCAGGACCACAAGGACCUGGAUUCGGUCCAAGACCACAAGGACCUGGAUUUGGCCCAGGCCCACAAACACCAAGUCAACAAGGCCCACAGACACAAAAGCCACUAAUACAUGGUCCUUCACCACAAGCACCAGGCGGUGAACGACCAACAUUUGGAUCAAGCUUCCAGAGACCAACAGCCCCCGGACAGGGACCAUGUGAUGGCCCAUUUGGAUCCAGCCCAGGAUGUGAGCCUCAAGAUACGAACGAACCACGGCCAGGCCCUUCAUUCGGUCCAGGACCACAUAAGCCAACACCAGGUCGUCCAGGACCAGGUAAUCAAUAUGUUCCACCACCGGGCUCCGGACCUGCACCAGGAAGGCCUGUUGCUCCAGGAACUUACCCUAGCGGGCCUGGAUCACAACAACCAGGAUGUGCACCGGGCACAUCCGGACCAGGCUGUCAACCACCCACAGGACCUCAAGGAGUUGGCGGAAAACCCGGCUGUGAUGGACCUUUUGCAUCUGGCCCAGGUUGCCAACAACCAGGACCACAAAAACCAGGAUCUUAUCAACCUCAAAGUCCAACACCACAGGGACCAGGAUCAGAAGGGCCGGAAAGUUGUGAUGGACCAUUUGCUGCAGGUCCCGGUUGCCAAAAACCACAACAACCCGGUUCACAUGGACCAAGACCACAAGGACCAGGACCGCAACGACCAGGAACACAAGGACCAGGACCGCAAAGACCCGGUCCACAAGGGCCAGGACCACAAGGACCAGGAUCGCAAGGGCCCGGACCACACGCACCAGGACCACAAGCACCAGGAUCAUUUGGGCCAGGGCCGCAUGGACCAGGGCCGCAAGGGCCAGGACCACAAAGACCGGGAGGACAAGGACCAGGGCCGCAAGGGCCAGGACCACAAGGACCAGGGUCACAAAGACCAGGUGAACAAGAUGGAUGUGACGGGCCAUUUGCCACAGGACCAGGCUGCCAAAAACCAAGUUUUGGUGGUCCACGGCCAGGUUUCCCAUCAGGACCAUUCCGACCUGGUCCCAAACCUCAAUAUUUGCCCCCAAGUGGUGGCCAGCCAUCAGGUCCCCAAUUUCCUGGAUCACAAGGCUUUAGACCCCAGGGACCCGGACCUCAAGCACCAGGAUCGCAAGGCUCAAGGCCACAGGGACCAGGAUCACAAAAGCCGGAAAGCUGUGAUGGACCAUUUGCUACUGGUCCCGGUUGUCAAAAGCCACAACAGCCUGGCUCGCAUGGACCAGGACCCCUAGGGCCAGGACCGCAAGGACCAGGACCACAAGGACCAGGACCACAAGGUCCAGGACCGCAAGGACCAGGACCACAAGGACCAGGACCACAAGGACCAGGACCCCUAGGGCCAGGACAACAAGGUCCAGGACCACAAGGACCAGGACCACAAGGACCAGGACCACAAGGACCAGGACCACAAGGACCAGGACCACAAGGACCAGGACCACAAGGACCAGGACCACAAGGGCCAGGAUUCCAAGGAUUCAGGCCUCAGGGGCCUGGACCUCAAUCACCCGGGCCGCAAGGACCAGGAUUCCAAGGAUUCAGACCUCAGGGUCCAGGAAUCCAAAAGCCAAGUCCCCAACGACCAGGCUCUCAAACCUGUAGUGGUCCUUUUGCUUCGGGACCUGGAUGUCAGCCAUCUGAACCUGAAGGACAACAACCAGGCUUUGGACCAAGUAAGCCGCUAACUCCCGGCUUCCCCGAAUCUGGCCCUCAACGACCAUUUGCUCCAGGAACUCAGCAGCCAUCUAGACCUCAACCACAACCUGGUAGCUGCGAAGGACCUUACGCCAAUGCCCCAGGGUGUAAACCAUCAACACCCGGCUCACAACGCCCAGGACCACAAUCACAAUAUCUUCCACCACCUGGUUCUAAGCCAGGCCAGAAACCAGGAAGCUGUGAGGGACCUUUUGCUUCUGGUCCAGAUUGUCAGCAACCAUCUUUCCCCGGCUUCCCACGCCCAACUGGACCAGGACCGCAAAAGCCUUCUCAACCAGGCCAAUAUAAACCAUCUGGACCAGGCACCCAACGUCCAAGUGGACCAGGACAGUACCAACCUUCAGGACCCAGUCCACAACAACCCGACUGUCAAUUUGGUUCAGGCCCAGGAUGUCAACCAUCUGGGCCAGGCUCUCAGAAGCCAGCUAAACCCGGGUUCCCAUCACAACCAUCUGCACCUUCAGGACCACAAGAACCUGAUUGCCAGUUUGGAUCAGGUCCUGGAUGUGGGCCAUCUGGCCCUGGGUUCCAACGUCCUGGUAAACCAACCUUCCCAUCACAGCCUGCUGGACCAUCACCACAGCAACCCAUUGGAACUGGAUCGUACCGACCUUCUGGGCCAGGACAUCAACAACCUUUUGGACCGGGACCUCAACAACCUUCUGGACCGGGACCACAACCACCUUCUGGGCCAGGACCACAACAGCCUUCAGGGCCAGGAUCGUAUAGACCAUCAGGUCCAGGACCGCAGCAACCAUUUGGUCCGAAACCUCAACAACCAUCUGGACCUGGCACACAACCUUCCGGACCUGGAUCUUACAGACCAUCAGGACCCGGAUCUCAACAGCCAUCUGGACCUAAUUCGCAACCUUCCGGACCUGGAUCAUAUAAACCAUCAGGACCUGGACCCCAGCAACCAGCAGGACCUGGCUCACAACCUUCCGGACCAGGAUCAUAUAGACCGUCAGGACCCGGACCUCAACAACCAUCUGGCCCUGAACCACAGCAACCAGCAGGACCUGGCUCACAACCUUCCGGACCAGGAUCAUAUAGGCCAUCAGGACCCGGACCUCAACAACCAUCUGGACCUGGACCCCAACAACCAGCAGGACCUGGAUCAUACAGACCAUCAGGACCCGGACUUCAACAACCAUCUGGACCUGGAGCAUUUAGGCCAUCGGGACCUGGACCACAACAACCAGCAGGACCUAGCUCACAACCUUCUGGACCCGGAUCAUACAGACCAUCAGGGCCUGGACCUCAACAGCCAGCAGGACCUGGCCCGCAGAAACCAGCAUUCCCAUCUGGGCCUGAAAAGGAGCCUGAACCAGCCCAUGAACUAGGACCAGACGGUUAUAGAUAUAAAGUGCCAUCCACCACUUUCAAUUUUUAAGAAUUUAGGUAAAUUAGGGGAAGGAAGAGAGUUUGAACGCUUUGUAAAUUAUAUUUUUAUAUAACAAACAAAUAAAAUUAUUGUAAAAAAU